AUGAGUGUUCACCAUGCCAACUUACAAAGCCCCCAUGGCGAGGAUAUCCGUAUCCCCGUUGGUCUGUGGAUCGAUGGGCAGCUGGUGCCUUCAUCGCAGAACCGCACUUUUGAGACCAUAUCUGCAGUCAACGGGAAACCUCUCGCGACACUACAGGAGGGCAAUGAAGCGGAUGUCGACAAGGCAGUGACUGCCGCGCAGAAAGCUUUCCCAAAGUGGCGAGAUACCCUCGGUUCGGAAAGAGGUCGCUUGAUGGGUAAGCUCGCCGAUCUGAUCGAGGAGCGCUUGCCCCAGCUUGCUAUCAUUUCAUCUCUGGACACGGGUAUGUUGGUAUCAGCUGCCGAGGGAUUCGACUUGGCCAGCCUCAUUGAGCUGUUGCGCUACUACGCCGGUGCUGCGGACAGGAUUCAGGGAAAGACCAUCCAGGGCAAAAAGACACUCAACUACACCCUGCGCGAGCCUCACGGAGUGUGCGGCCUGAUUUUGCCCUGGAAUUUCCCCAACCUCAUCUUGGGCUGGAAGCUCGCCCCAGCUCUGGCAGCGGGCAACACUGUUGUCAUCAAGCCCUCCGAGAUCACCUCACUCACCGCACUCUAUGUGGCGGAACUAUCCAAGGAAGCUGGCUUCCCUGAUGGCGUCAUCAAUGUGGUGACUGGCCACGGCGCCGUUGGUGCUGCCUUGUCAUCACACCCCACUGUGCGCAAAAUCAGUUUCACUGGAUCAGGUGCGACCGGCCGCGCUAUCUCCAUCGCAGCGGCCAAGUCCAACCUGAAGCAUGUCUCCUUGGAACUCGGCGGCAAGGGAGCCGUCAUAGUGGCUGAGGAUGCCGAUGUUGAAAAGGCCGCAUUCUGGUCGUGCUUGGGCAUCUAUUUCCACCAGGGACAGGUAUGCGCAGCUGGAUCGCGCAUCUUUGUCCAUGAAGCUAUCAAGGAGAGGUUUCUCAAAGCUUUCCAGCGCAACAUCGACGAGGCUAAGUAUGGCGACCCAAUGCAGAGCCAGGGCAUUGCCGAUGUCGUGGGCCCGGUGGCUUCGUCUCAGCAGCGCGCAAAGGUGGCGUCCAUGGUGCAAGCGGGAAAAGACGCCGGGUUUGAGUGGUGGGAGGGACAAAAGGGCACGAAGCCACCUCAUGAGAACUACCUGCCCCGAGGAUACUUCCUGAACCCCGAUCCUGAGCACGACGUGGCUUCGAAGGAAAUCUUUGGGCCUGUGGCUUGCAUUAGUAGCUUCUCCUCCUUGGCAGAGGCCGUAAAGUUGGCCAAUGCCACCGAGUACGGCCUGAGUGCAAAUGUGUUUUCGCAAAACAUCGACACGGCUUUGAACCUGGCUGCACAGAUCGAAGCGGGUACAGUUUGGGUCAAUUGCUCAGCCAUGUUGGAUGCUGCGACCCCUUUUGGUGGUGUGAAGCAGUCAGGGAAUGGGAGAGACGGAGGUGAUGAGGCACUAGACUUGUAUUUGUCUACGAAGACGGUGAAGAUCAUGCUAGAGCCUUUUCCUGGAAAGCUGUAA